AUGUCUUCUCCCCCACCCCCCGCUGCCCCGGUCGACGACGCGGCUCUCGACAACAGUCUCCAGCACCCUCCUGCACCGCUCCGUCUCCCACCGGGUAUCCCGAUUGAUCCUGACUUGUUGCAGCCGUAUCUGGGCUCCCUUAUCCAGCUGUCUGACUCCAUGACCGGCGUUGAGCUGGAGGGAGCUACCCCCGGAAAUAGCUCUACCACCGCCGAGGUGCAGACCCAGCAUCACGAAGAUAUCGCUCGGGCCCCGUAUCAAAACGUCGAGCUCAUCUCCACCGACAUGGUCCAGCCUCUCUACCAAGAUCCCGAGCAUAUCUCCACCGCCAACGGCCACACCCGCGAGUCCGCCCCCAGCCCGCCCCCCGAGCGCCCCCCAACCCCCGUCGGCACCCCCCGCACCCGCACCCGCCCCCUCCCGCUCCCCCCAUCCCCCAUCCGCCACCUCAGCAUCCGACGCAAGCCGCUCCCGCCCGCGUCCACGCUCCUCCUCCCCGCCCCCGCCGCCCACACGCCUAAGCUAACCCCCACCUCCCACCUCUACAAGAACUACCUGCACAAGCUCCCGCACACGCACUUCACGGAGCACGCCGCGCCCGGGACCUGUCUCGCGUGCGACAUCACGACGGCGUCGACGCACUACACGUGCGACGGCUGCGGGCUGGCGCUGUGCAGUAUCUGCCACUACCUGAUCACGGAGGACGCGAUCCGCGGGUCGUUGAGACUGCUGAUACAGCAUGCGGCGCGGUGGAAGUUUGGGUAUAGCGCGGACUUCCUGGAGCGGGAGAGGGGGGAGGCGGAGAGGGAGAAGGAGAGGUUGGAGGCGGGGUUGGCGCUGGUGGCGGAGGAGGAGGAGGAUGAGGAUGGGGGCGGGGUGUUGGUGGAUAUGGGCGAGGGGGUGAGGGAGAUGGUGGAGAGGAUGGAGAGGGAGAGGGGGGAGGCGGGGUUGGUGCAGGUGGGGAUGGGCGGGGAGGAGGAGGAGGGGGUGGAGGUGGAGGAUAUUGUGCUUUAG